CUUUGAAUCUAAUUGCUAAUAUAGGUUAGAUUUUUUUUUUUGAGGGGAGGGGCAAGUUUAAAAAUGCGUUUUACCCAUUUACAAAAAUGAAACUAUAUUGCACAGUCCAGUUAAUAUUGGAGGAUUUACUUAAUGAUCUAUCGUUAAGCUCAAAGUAAUCAGCUCAUUAAAAAUAGUAGGCCUUAAUAAAGCUCUUGGGGACUGGGAGGCAAGCAGAUUUAAUUCAAGGUUUUGAGGGUAGCUCGAAUUCCUUGGAUCAAAACCCCUUUCCCCAGCAUAAAGGCACUACCUCACGGCCUUCACAGAAAGUGGGUAUACUAUGGUGAGUUUUGUACUACUGUGCUGCGAUCAGAUGAACUGUUGUGAUUUUCAUAAACCCGAACUUGAUAAUAUCCAUCUACAACUUCAAUGUAAUUUUAGUAUAUUUUUUUCAACAUAGUUCUUAACACAAGUUUUUUUUUAUGAAUCUGACCAUGAAGCAGCAUGAUAGUUUCUUGGUGUGACCCACAGCAAGUCGUGCCAUCUGCAGCACGGAGCAAGACCAGUGAAGAUAGUACGAGCCAGCUACCAGUAUGCGUAUGAUGAGACUAACACAGAGUACCUCGACUGUGUCAACUCCAUGUCACAUGUUGGACACUGUCAUCCGGCUGUGGUUGAGGCAACGUCACUCGCGAUGGUCACAGAAGUCGCUAGCAGCGGAUGGGAGAUUGAUUUAGGUGAACCCGAGUACCCAAAAGAUCUUCGUCAAAUUCUGCCAGACCACUUAGAUACAUUCCUUUUCUGUAAUUCAGGGUCCGAGGCAGUUGAUCUUGCUUUACAACUAUCACGACUGUACACGUGUGGGACAGCUGUUAUAGUAGUGGACAACGCUUUCCAUGGGGCGCUUGAUUCUGUCCACCAACUGUCUCCUAAAAUCUACAAAUCUAAUAAUAUAUGUAAGUUUUUUUUCUCUUCUCUGAGAGAGCAAACUUUUAAGUUUCUAUUUUACAUGUAAAUAACAUAUGUAAUUAAAGCUUCAAU